UCCUAAUGCCACGCUCGAGCCGGAGUUUCAGCGUUCCUUCUGAUGACUGCUCACUGAGGUUGGAGAGCUCUAUGCUGUGUAAUCAAGACGUUCAGCUUGGUGGAAGGAUAACGAGUCAAAUAAGCAGCAAUCGCGCCUCAAGCCAGUGAGUACAAAACAGUAAACACCAACAGGAUUCGCGAUGAGCAUGCAAUGUCUCUCGGCGUACUUCCACUACUAGAAGCUGCAUUAACCUCACGAUUUCCUCCAUGGAUGUUGGACUCGAGGCUUGACUUGACAGGAGCUCAAGUUGUAGUGGAAACUAACUGCAUGCUGGCAAUUUCUCUGUGGCAGUUGUGUGGUUGCUGAAUGCAGGCACGACGGAAACCUGCAGCUCUGCCUGCGCUCCCACCCAACAUCACCCUCUCUUGUUUCAACAUAGCUUGUUAUGCAUCUUUGGCUUGCUUGAACCCAGAUCUUCAAGUCUGCGCCGUGUGACCAGACCUCAGGGUCUUUCCCUCGUUGGAUUUUUGGAUUUCCAUUGGCAGACUCACGGCCACGCCAUUGUUAAUGGGCCUUUUGGAAUUUCCGCAUGAGACAACUUACCAGCAUAUUAAGUGAAGACCGACACUACAAACUACUGUGAUAUUCUUCGAUGCCGACGACAAGCAGCCCAGCAUUCGCAUGAAUGAGACAGUGCAAACUUUUACUCGUCUCCAUUAUCCAUGCCACUAUGCCCUCAACCCCAUCUUCUAGAAGCCGAAUUAACGCAACGACAAUCGAGAAUGCCUUUCCCACGCCUCCCACCGGUGAAAAUCCGGACACCUUGUUCCGUAUCAAGGGAAGAAUGUCACCAGCACCCCGGCGCAUGAUCCGUCUGCAACGCGCACAAUCUACACCGCCGGAGCUUACACAUUCGAACCAAUUUGGGAUUCUCACAAAAAGCGCUGAAGGGCAACUAUCAGAUGUUGCCAGCCUCGAACGCUCUUGGCACAAAUUACACCUUUCGAAGAAGAAAAGCCAAUAUUACAGUGAAGCCUUUGCCUACCGCGCGUCAACAAACAGUGCAAAGGAUCGGGUGGCGAAGGACUCGGUGAUACUAGUAGAAAUCAAGCUAAACUGUUGUCUGGAAUCGGAAAAAGAGUUUCUCAUCGAUUUGUCCUUUCGACUCUCGGAAAUCUACCAACGACCUGCAUCCUGCAUCAUGGCUAUGGCGUCUACAGAUAUAUCAAUGCUCCUCGGCGGCAACUCGGAGCCUGCGUACCAUCUCACCAUUACUGCUUUGCCCUCGGAAAUAGCGGCGACGAAGAACAAACGAAGCACACACCUCAUCCAAGACUUUGUGCUCGAUACGCUACGAAUUCCACCGACACGUGGAGUUGUGCGCUUCGAGGCAGUUUCCGAGGAAAAUUUAGCCACAAACGGCAUGACGGCUUUGCAAGAGAUUGAACAGUUGGAGCGACAAUCGCUGGACGACGAGGGUGUCUCGAGAGCAGUUCAUCGCCAAAGAAGCAGAGGAGGUAAAAAGUCAAGCGCGCCAGCCUUUACCGAGAGAGUAAGAGUAGGGUUUCCCUCCUUCCGAGCCACCACCCCAGCACGUCAAUACUUCGGCACCACUGGCACAGCAGAAACGAAGUCGACGGAAGUGAGUGGUCUAGGUAGGAAGCGCGUCAAAAGAAGGCAGAGCAUUCUUGCCUUUUUCCGGAAGUGAUGGGCAAGCACGAAUCUUAUUAUUUUACGCGCCUUUAUCCACAUUUGAUCACGUUCAAAGUUAGAUGCGUUGUUUGAAUAGCUGCACCCCAGGUAGCUAGUAAGCCUGUGGUUCUUGAAUAGUGAUAUUCCAGCAACGGCUACCUUGCAUACGAUCCG